CAAAGCAUCAUCCGUCAAUGUAUGCGUGUGAUCGAUCCGGGGGGUCAUCGGUUGCGCGGUCACGGACGUUGACCGCCAAACACCAGCGCGCACUGAAGAACUAGCGGUCAGCAAGGAAGCGUGCUCGAAGCCAACACCAAUUGUAACCGAGUGAAGUUGAAUACAUACGUUAGUAAAUUUAUUAGUAACGCGUGAGUUUUAUUCGACCACCUCUGCGAUCGAAAGAGGCGACGAGUAAAAAAAAGCGACGUAAAAAAAAAACGCGAUUUUUUUUUCAUUGCAUUUCGACUGUGAGUGAAGCUUGUGCUGUUCGAAAAAUUACGCGCCCGCGAGCAAAACGCAGAAGGAUGAGCACCAGCGAAAACGGUGCAUCGGAUUUCCCCAUGGAAGGAGAGCAGCGAAGAUCAUCCUUGCUGCGUUCGACUGGUUUUGCUACGGGACAGCAAAUUUUUCCACCCGCGAACGAGAAUGUUGUGCCAACGGUGAAUCUGCCAUCGCAGAAUGCAGCGGGGCAGCCAUCGCUACAGCAUUUUGCUGCGUCAUCAUCAGUGCCGGCGCAGUCACCCGAUUCUGCGAUGCUGAUGCAGAUGAUGCAGUUAAUGCAACAGCAGAUGCAGCAGCAGCAGCAGCAGCAGCAGCAACAGAUGCAGCAACAGCAGCAACUAAUCACGCAAGUAUUGCAGCAGUCACAAGUUACAAACCAGCAAAGCCAGACCUUCCCGACGCAGGUCAUUGCCCCCAGUAAUCCGGAGUUGAUUAUUGAUGCGUUGUCGGGUAGCAUCACCGAGUUCCGGUACGAGGCGGAAUCCGAAAUAACUUUCGAUACGUGGUUCGCGCACUACGAGGACCUGUUCGCACAGGAUGCCUCCCGCCUCGACGAUGCAGCAAAGGUGCGCUUACUGGUGCGCAAGUUAGGCCCUGCGGAGCACGCACGCUACGCUAGUUUCAUCCUGCCCAGCGUUCCUCGGGAGAUACCGUUCGAUGAAACGGGGAAAAAGCUGAAGGCCCUUUUUGGGAGAGCUGAAACGCUUGUGAGUAAGCGCUACAAGUGUUUGCAGCCAACGAAAUCUCGUACGGAGGAUUUUGUGUCGUUUGUUUGCCGUGUGAACCGCUCCUGCGUCAACUUUCAGCUGUCCGCAAUGAGCGAGGAGCAGUUCAAAUGCCUGAUAUUAGUGUGCGGCUUAAAGGAUGAUGCUGAUGCGGACGUGCGCACGAGACUUCUCUCUCGUAUCGAGGAGAGAACCGACGUCACGCUAGAGCAGCUCUCCGCUGAGUGUGAGCGAAUCUCCAGCUUGAAGGUGGAUAGCGCCAUGAUCGCUACUCAGGCGGAGGAGCAAAUCCUAGCACUAAGAGGUAGAAGCAAUGCACAACAGCAGGCGAGCAAGUGGAAACAAAGAAAGCAGUACCAGCAUACGAGGAACAGUGAUAAUGUAAACAAACCACCUGGGCCGUGUUGGUUAUGUGGAGACGCUCAUUGGGCAAGUGAGUGCUCAUAUGCUCUGCACAAGUGUCGCGAUUGUAACGUAACCGGUCACCGAGAAGGUUUUUGCAACCAGCAGAAAAGAGGCAACAAAAAGGGGAAGUACAAGAAAAAAAAACGCACGUCGGUGGACAUGCGUACGGUGACGGUCAAUGUUUGUAAUGUCCAGCAAGCUAGAAAAUUUGUUAACAUUUUCAUCAACAGUAACAGGGUCCGCCUGCAGCUUGACACUGGAUCGGAUAUUACAGUAAUCGGACGAGAAACGUGGCAGCAGCUGGGUAAGCCAACACUGAAGCCGGUAACAGUCCACGCAAAAACAGCAUCUGGGUCCCGCCUUGAAUUGGAUGGUGAAUUCGAGGCACAGAUAACGAUCGGUGACAGAACGCGGUCUGCUGUUAUACGCGUUAUGGACUCGGCCUUGCAUCUUUUGGGGGCCGAUAUGAUAGCAACGUUCGAGCUCGGUGCCGUCCCCAUGGACCAGUUUUGCAACAAGGUGGAAGCAGAGGGAGUGAAAUGGGAGAGCCGAUUCCCUGCAUUGUUUAAAGGCAACGGAUUGUGCACCAAGGCGAAUGUACAGAUUCAGCUCAAGCCAAAUCACCGUUCUGUGUUUUGUCCCAAGCGCCCGGUAGCGUACGCGAUGCGAGCAACGGUGGACAAGGAGCUCGAUCGCUUAGAGGAUCUAGGGGUGAUUACUCCGGUGGAUUAUUCGGACUGGGCGGCCCCAAUUGUGGUGGUGAGGAAGCAGAACGGCAGCGUGCGGAUUUGUGGAGAUUAUUCAACUGGGUUGAAUGCAGCUCUUCAAUCGUACGAAUAUCCACUCCCACUCCCAGAGGAUAUUUUUGCAAAACUGGCACAAUGCAAGUAUUUUUCAAAAAUCGAUCUAACGGAUGCAUUCUUGCAGGUACAAAUUAAAGAGGAAUAUCGUCCACUCCUGACGAUUAACACGUAUCGCGGAUUGUACCAUUACAACCGUCUACCGCCUGGCAUUAAAAUUGCUCCAGCCGCGUUCCAGCAACUCAUCGAUGCAAUGCUCUCCGGCCUAAAAUGUACAUCUGGGUACAUGGAUGAUGUAGUUGUUGGUGGCAAAACAGAACGCGAGCACGAUGAGAAUUUGCUCAACCUUUUCCGGCGCAUAAAGGAGUACGGAUUUACAAUCCGAGCGGAAAAGUGUUCGUUUAAAAUGCCAAGGAUAGAGUACCUGGGUUUUGUUAUCGACAGACAGGGUCUCAGACCAAACCCAGCGAAAAUAGAUGCGAUCCUGAAGAUGCCAGCACCGACGAACGUUAGUGAGGUUCGGUCCUUUCUGGGUGCUGUGAAUUAUUACGGCAAAUUUGUACCAAAGAUGCGAGAAUUGCGAUACCCGCUGGAUGCAUUGCUCAAAAACGACACCAAAUUUGUUUGGACACGGGAAAGCGCAAAUGCUUUUAACAGGUUCAAAGACCUGUUAGCAUCCGACUUGCUGCUGACGCACUACGACCCGAAUGCAGAGAUAGUGGUCUCUGCCGAUGCAUCGUCGGUUGGACUAGGCGCGACCAUAAGCCACAGGUACGCGGAUGGCUCGCUGAAGGUUGUCCAGCACGCAUCGAGAGCCCUUACGAAGGCUGAAGCAAAUUAUAGCCAAAUUGACCGCGAAGGUUUGGCGAUUAUAUUUGCUGUGAAAAAGUUUCAUAAGAUGCUGUUUGGGCGCCAUUUCCGACUGCAAACCGAUCAUCGACCCUUGUUGCGGAUUUUCGGGUCACAUAAGGGUAUACCAGUGUACACGGCAAAUAGGUUGCAGCGGUUUGCAUUGCAGUUGCUGAUGUACGAUUUUACCAUCGAGUACGUGCAAACCGAUAAGUUUGGCAAUGCGGACGUGCUCUCAAGGUUGAUACACGAGCACGCAAAACCGGAUCCGGAAUACGUAAUCGCAAGCGCUGAAGACGUUGCGAAGGCCACGGAGUCCGACCCUGUCCUGAAGAAGGUUUACGGAUACAUCAUGGAAGGGUGGCCCCAAAAUGUCGCGUAUGCUGCAGAGCUGGCUUGCUUUUACCACAGAAGCGAAGCCCUAACCACGGUGCGUGGUUGCAUUUUGUUUGGGGAAAGAGUGGUGAUCCCUAGCAAGCUGCAGCAGCGUUGCUUGAAGCAACUACAUAAAGGGCACCCCGGUAUCCAGCGAAUGAAGUCGAAGGCCCGGAGUUACGUGUACUGGCCAUCCGUUGAUAAGGACAUAAUGGAGCACGUAAAGGGAUGCCACGCUUGUGCGAUAGCGGCGAAGACUUCACCUCGCGAGAAACCUGUUCCCUGGCCAGCGACACAGAAACCUUGGGAACGUAUUCACAUCGAUUUCGCUGGGCCAAUCGAUGGUGACUAUUUUCUGAUCGUGGUAGACGCGUUUACCAAGUGGCCAGAGGUGAUACGAACGCGAAGUACCACAUCAGCAGCAACGAUCGCGAUACUGAGGUCAAUCUUUGCGAGAUUUGGAUACCCGGAAACGAUGGUGAGCGACAACGGGCCACAAUUUGUAAGCGCUGAGUUUUCGGAGUAUUGCAGUAGUCGCGGUGUACAACACGUCACAACUGCGCCAUUCCAUCCGCAAUCGAAUGGGCAGGCGGAGCGCUUUGUUGACACCUUCAAGCGGUCGAUGAGGAAGAUCCAGAAAGGGGGAACAACGCAGGACGAAGCGCUUGACGUUUUUCUGGCGAGCUACCGCCCUACUAGCAAUGAGAAUGAAAAAGUGUGCGACUUUCAGGCGAGGGGCAUGUAGAAGCAUGGGGAG